UCCAAAUUUGAUUUCAGUAAAGUAAAUGGAAUUUGGACCCUAGGAUGUGAAAUAGCUAGUCAGACCACUAUAUAUAGGAAGGCUGAACAGAAGCUGUGCAACUCAACUGAAAAGUAAAGACCUCUAGCAAAGAAGAGGGCUAAAGAGAGCACAGAGCAAUGGCUUCCUCCAUGAUUUCUUCAGCUACCGUGGCUUCGGUUUACGCUGACCGUGCUGCCCCGGCACAAGCUAGCUUGGUUGCACCAUUCACUGGCCUCAAGUCUGCCUCAGCUUUCCCCGGCACCAAGAAGACCAAUGACAUCACCUCCAUUGCAAGCAAUGGUGGAAGAGUGCAAUGCAUGAAGGUUUGGCCAACAGUUGGACUGAAGAAGUUCGAGACUCUCUCCUACCUUCCACCACUCUCUCCUGAGUCUUUGGCCAAGGAAGUAGACUACCUUCUCCGCAAGAACUGGGUUCCCUGCUUGGAAUUUGAGUUGGAGAAGGGAUUUGUGUACCGUGAGAACCACAGGUCACCAGGGUACUAUGAUGGAAGGUACUGGACCAUGUGGAAGCUGCCCAUGUUUGGAUGCACAGACUCUUCCCAAGUGUUGAAAGAGCUCGAGGAGGCCAAGAAGGCUAACCCCAACUCUUUCAUCCGUAUCAUCGGAUUCGACAACGUUCGUCAAGUGCAGUGCAUCAGUUUCAUCGCCUACAAGCCUGCAGGCUACUAAUUUCAAGUUUCAUGAUUUUUAUUUUAUGUUGUUUGUGGCUUGUUAGCCAAGGGUCUCAGUGGUUUGUUUAAGUCUGUACUUAAUUAGGCCUUUCAAGACCUUUGUUGGUUUCCUUUCUUUCCCUUUUUCGAGACAAUUUCCUUUGUUUUCGAAGUUGGUGUUUUUCGGAUUCAUAAUGUGGUGGUGUUGAGAAUAUUCAUGAAUAAAAUGAUAUCCGUCUUUUAUGUUCA